CGGGACCGGGACCGGGACCGGGACCGGGACCGGGACCGGGACCGGGCUGAGGGCGCCCCCGGUGCGGAGAGAGGAGCCCCGCCUCGCCUCGCCUCACCUCACCUCACCUCGCCUCGCCUCGCGGCCCCCAGGUGCGCAGCACGAGGAGGGCAGGGCAGCUGGAGACGAGGGAGCGACGGGAGGAACGCGCCUGGUGCUGGGGCCGCCCUUCCUCCGUGGCACGGGAUUGUGCCUGCAGCAGGGCCCCCGGGCUGCCCCACAAGCUGAUGAGGUGAAGUGAAGCACAGUGACCCCGAUGAGGUGAAGCGCAGUAACCUGCUGAGAUGAAGCACAACACCGCCAAGCGCCAGCAGAACGAGCGAUUGAUUCUGGUGAGGCUCUGGGACAUUUGAAAGUGAUUUGGAGAGAGCAAAGUCUGUGUCUGAUGGACACCGAAGCCAAGCCAGCGUGUGUUGUGCAGCAGGCUCCCUGCCCAGGAAUGAAGUGCCCUCCUCCGGAGGACUUUCCUCCUCAGAUAAGACUGUCGGAGAAGAUUCCACCGGUGAAGCCUUGCUUCAAGAAGAAGCAGCAAGUGCAGAAGAGGCUGGACACACAAACGCUGCGCGCUUUGCGGCCGAUCUUUACCAGUUUGCUGGGAGCUGGGACCCUGGAUAGGGUCUUUGUGCCCCGGGGCCAGGGUGGUGGAGGUCAUAGUGGUUUGUGUGAACCUGCUGUGAAAAAGACUCUGGAACUCAGUACUUCGUGCCCCCAGCCAGAAAGUAACGUGGCCGUGCUGGUGCCCUCAGCCCCAGAUGUGCAGACCCAGCUGCCGGGGGCUCAUCCUGCUCCUGGGCACCCUGAGCAGGAGGUGCGGGCAGGGGAGCGAGGCUUCUCCUCAGAAACUCCUCCUGGAACCGCUGCUGAGACAAGCGCUGAAUCGUUCCAGGAUCACCCUUUGCACCCACCUCCUAGCGAUGGUGCAGCUUGUCCUUUGUUCCCAGACAAGAUUCUGGAAAGCUACACCUCUGGCUUAUUCCCGGAGAGUAGCUGUCCCGUGCAAUACGCUGUGAACCCAAGCAAUAAAUUCAGCGCUGGGAUAUUCCAGGAUAAAAGCGAGGAGGCUUCUCUCGAUUUGGUAUUCGAGCUCCUGAACCAGUUGCAAUAUCACACCCACCAGGAGGAUGGGAUAGAAAUCUGUGUGGAUUUUCUCCAGGGCGCUUGUGUUUACGGCAGUGAUUGUCCCAAACAUCACACGGUGCUGCCCUAUCACUGGCAGGUGAGGAGGACAGCAACUCAGAGCUGGCAGAGCGUGACCAACGAUUCCCAGGAGCACCUGGAAAGGCUCUACUGCAACCCCGACAACGACAGGAUCAAAGUGAAAUACCGGGGACACGAGUUUUGGGUGGAUUUGAAUGUCAUGAAAUUAUAUGAAACUGCUGAGUUUGACCAAAUGCGGAGGCUGUCCACGCCAUCCUGCCCCAGCUCCAGCUCCAACUACUACACGGUCUGGAAAUACUUCUGCAGGGACCACUUCGUCUGGAGAGAAUACUCCGAGCCUGUUGUAAGACUGAUAGAAGAAGCCAGCUGCCGGGGUCUGAAAGAGGUCCGGUUUGUUACCUGGCAUAAUCAGUAUAUCUUAAACAUCAAAGAUGGAUUCCAGCAAAACGCCUGUUUCAGACGAGAAAUCAAGAGAAGACCCCUUCUGCGCUCGUGCGUGGUGCUGAUGCCGUUCUUACAGACUCUAGGUGGCAAUUCUCCAGUACCCUCUCUAUCAGCUGAACCAGUUUCCUCACACGUCUUAUCUCCAACUGCUGUUACCUCUCCAAACUUCUAUCCUGAAACCUGGAUUAGUAUGGAUCCAUCUCAGGACUUCAUCCAAGUGCCUGUUUCGAAGGAAGAUAAAAGCUAUAGAACCAUUUAUAACCUGUUUCACAAGACUGUGCCAGAGACCAAAUACAAAAUUUUGAAAAUUCUGAGAGUGCAAAAUCAGUUUCUUUGGGAGAAAUAUAAAAGGAAAAAGGAGUAUAUGUCCAAAAAAAUGACCGGGCUUGACAGGAUAAUGAACGAAAGGCAUUUGUUCCAUGGCACCUCCCAGGACGUGGUGGAUGGGAUCUGCAAGCACAACUUCGACCCGCGUGUCUGCGGGAAGCACGCCACCAUGUUCGGACAGGGCAGUUACUUUGCCAGAAAGGCGAGCUAUUCUCAUAACUUUUCCAAAAGGUCACCCAAAGGAGUUCAUUACAUGUUCUUGGCUAAAGUACUGACGGGAAGAUACACAGUGGGCAAUCACACCAUGAGGAGACCUCCCCCCGUGAACCCGGGCAGCAUUACCAGUGACCUCUAUGACUCUUGCGUGGACAAUUACUUUGAGCCUCAGAUUUUUGUCAUUUUUAACGAUGAUCAGAGCUACCCUUAUUUUAUUAUCCAGUACGAAGAAGUUAGCAACACUGUCUCCAUUUGAAAACCUGUGCUGCUAAAUUAUUCAUUUUAAUGAACUCUUAUUUACAUUUGUAGCGGUUUUUGUGUAAAAAAAUAAAUAAAUUGAACGUUGCAGAACUGAGUAAAAUUACUUGCUUGCAAGGAGUUAAAUCUAAAAAUAGAGAAAGGAAGAUCUGAAGUGACCAAUUGUGCACUUGCUGUUUGAUGAUGUAUGUGCAAAUUGUAAAUAUUUUUCCAUUGUUUAUAGUUGAAAAUCUGUGCCUUUUGUUAUAAAACACUGUUUAUUUAUGUUAGUAAAUAUUCGUGUUUAAAA